AUGGCCAAAGUCCAAGGAACAUGCGACCCUCGCUUCGCCAAAGUCAAGUCCGUCUUCCAAUCCUACCUCGACUCGGGAGAAGAGCUGGGCGCCUCCAUCUGCGUCAAUCUCGACGGGAAAGAAGUCGUUGAUCUCUGGGGCGGCUACGCAGAUGAAGCCCGAACACGGCCAUGGGAGAAGGACACUAUAACAUGUAUUUGGUCUUCUAGCAAGACUAUCUGCGCGCUGGCGGCACUCGUGUGCAUCGACCGGGGUCUUCUGGAUCCGAACGAGAAGGUGUGCAAGUACUGGCCUGAAUUCGCCGCGAAUGGGAAAGAAGGUGUGGAAGUUCGCCACUUUCUUUCGCAUGCGAGUGGAUUGAGUGGGUGGGAGGAGACCGUUACGAUCGAGGAUGUGUGCGAUGUGGAAAAGAGUACGAAGUUGUUGGAGCAACAGGCGCCAUGGUGGGAACCCGGUACCGCGAGCGGCUACCACGGACUCACAAUGGGCCAUCUCCUCGGCGAGUUGAUCCGUCGGGUAACCGGGAAGCCGAUGCAAGAGUUCAUCGCUGAGGAACUCUCUCGUCCACUUGCGGCGGACUUCCAACUUGGUGUCCCGGAGAAGGAGUGGCACAGAGUCGCCGAUAUUAUUCCCCCACCACAACACCAAGAGAAUAUGGAGGGCAUGGCCCUUGACACAAAAAGCCUCAUGUUCAAAUCUAUGGGCAUAAACCCCGGCAUGGAUGCUGACUGGGCCAACCAACCAGUCUGGAGGGGUUCAGUUGUUGGUGCGGCGAACGGAUACAGUAAUGCGCGCGCUCUCGUUCGUCUCAUGUCCGUCAUCUCCUUGGGAAACCCUUCUUUUCUCUCUGGCAAGACUCUUGAUCAGAUUUUCUCGACGCAGCAACAUGCCGAGAAGGACCUUGUUAUCCCGAUGAAUGUCCGCCUUGGACUGGGAUUUGGGCUGCCAGCUGAAGGAAGCAUAAUGGCCGAUCUGCCACUGGGACGGGCGGCGACUUGGGGUGGUUGGGGCGGAAGCCGGGUUAUCGCUGACGCGGAUAGAAAGAUGACGUUUGGAUAUGUUAUGAACAAGAUGGAUGCAGCCGGGUUGGGGCAGACGAAUGAGAAUGGCAAGGGUGGUAUGGGCAAUCCGAGAACGUCGAAGUUUAUCGCAACGGUUUACGAGGCGUUGGGUAUCGUGGCUUGA